UACUGAGUAGUUAAUUUAAUUCUCCAUCGAAGCGACGGCAAUUCUCAGUAAUUUCGAAUUUUUUAAAAAUUUAAAUAAUGAAAUUCUACAGCAUUAAAUUAUUUUUAAUAACUUUUAUUAUUGUAAUAUUAUUACCAGCGCCAUUAAAUGCUGUACGUAAGAAAAUUACCUUUAAAAAACUAUCAUUAACUGGAUCUCAAAGCCCAACCUCAAGCAACUCUUCCCCCAAUUUACCUUCAACAUCAACUAACACCCAGCUCCCAUCCCCCAACCCACAAUCUAUAAAUUCAAGUCCCUUAUCUCUAAAUCCUAGACCAUCAUCUCCAUCAAACCCCCAACCAUCCCACCAGCAAACUCCUCAACAGUCACCUGUUUCAUCAAACGAUCUUUUUCCAAAAUUACCUAGCCAUCCAUCACCCAACCGCCUCGUAGAAUCUCAAAAUAUCCGUCAUGAUGAUUUUCUCGCCCUGCGCUCCAGCAACAGCUUAAACAAUUUCCCAUUUCAACCAUCGCCAAGUCGAUUCCUCAAAGCAGCUCACGAUAAAGAAUUUCCAGCAUUGAAUCAACGAACAUUCCAAAGUUCCAACCACUAUCCAGUAGAACGUUCCAGUAGUCUGAACCUAAAUCCAUCAGUAGCAAAUUCUCCUUGGACACGUGGUGGCAGCGUAGAUUCACCCAGAAAUCGACUUAAUAGCCCAGUCCUUAAAAAAAAAAAUUGGCCUCAAACUCCUGGUAGCUCAUCUUCAUUACUAACCAGCUCUUCAGGUUACGGAAGAAGUCUGAGUACAUCCAGUGGGUCAUCAACGUCACUAAAUUCUGGAGCAAGUAGUCCAGGUACCGGAAACCGACCAGGAAUAUUCAGCAAACGGGCCCAUGAAGAAAAACCAGUCGCUGUCAGUGAUAAGACUUGCAAAGAUGACAAUUCCCCAGCUGACCAAUGCUUCAAUUACUUUGUACUGAGUAUUUUUUGGCCACCGGCUCUAGGAUUUGAAUAUAUUUCGAGAAAUAAACCAGUGAAUGACAACAUUAAUUUGCUUAAAUGGUCAAUCCAUGGCCUGUGGCCAGCAACUUACGGUGAGGUCACACCAGAAAAUUGCAAAAAACGGACCUCGGUUAGCUUCAGUCAACACAGACUUGCAAGCGAGAAAGGAUUAAGGGCCAGUUUAGAAAGUAAAUGGUUCAAUUUGUGCCCUUAUAAGUUGUACGGGUCAUCAUUGGUUAGUUUUUGGGACCGCGAGUUCUCAAAACAUGGAAUUUGUGCCACACGAUCCCCUUUUAUUGCUUCAGAUGUUGGUUACUUCAAAAUGGCGGUCAAUUUAUUUGACCGAGUUAAUGUCGCCGGUAUUCUGUCGGCGGGAAAUUUCAAACCUGGGGAUAAGAUACACUAUGGCGAUAUUGUUGAGAUGAUUAACGAUGCGGUUGGAUCAAGAAUUAAAGUCGAUUUUAUUCAGGAUAAGACAAGAGACGAAGCAUACUUGAAAGAAAUAAAAGUAUGUUAUAAUUUAAAGUUCCGGCCAAUUAAUUGUCCUGGAACGAAACUUUUAACUGAAGAAGUCAGAAACAAAGAAAUUACUUAUCUAGAUCAUGCACCUGCUGCACAAUAAAUUUUUUGUUGUUAAUUACAAUUACUGACACAUUGAAGUGUCAGAAAAAAAUUUUUUACGAGACUAAUUAUUUAAUUAAAGUGUAAUUUGAUAAAUAAAUACUUUUUUUUAAUUUUCCAUGA